UUGCAGGAGACUCGAUAAUUCCCCUCGUGCAAUCAAGCCAACUUGAACCCGCCGGAGGUGCCACUAUUACCCAGCCAGGCAGGACAGUAGAAGAAAUCUACGCCAGGAUCUCGAGAUCAGACAGCAGCAACAUCAAACAUGGCCGGGAAAGACAAUCCAGCAGUUCCGUUGUUCGGAGGGUCACAGAAAUACAAGGCGCCCAAAUACCAGUCAAAGGCACCUCCACCAUCGCGCAACGAUCGGUAUGAGACGGCAGCGAGUGGCUCAGCAAAUGACCGCAAGGAGAACAAAGACGACGACUCAGGAGCGGCGAACCAAGACGACGACGCAGGAGCGGGGAACCAAGACGACGACUCAGGGUUUGGAGCAGCCGUUCUCGGCCUACUACAGUCAGUGUUUUCCGACGGCUGA